GCGGGGCGCUUUACGCGGAAGCCGGCGGCGUCGGAUCCCAGCCUCCUCUGGGAGAGGGUCGGCGGUCCGGCACAGACUUGCGCCCCUCUGUCUUGAGCCCACGCGCUUUCACGGGGUUCCGGGACAGAUUGAAGCCAUGGCCAUUCUUUUUGCAGUUGUUGCCAGGGGGACGACUAUCCUUGCCAAACAUGCUUGGUGUGGAGGAAACUUCCUGGAGGUGACAGAGCAGAUUCUGGCUAAGAUACCUUCUGAAAAUAACAAACUAACGUACUCACAUGGCAAAUAUUUGUUUCAUUACAUCUGCCAAGACAGGAUUGUAUAUCUUUGUAUCACUGAUGAUGAUUUUGAACGAUCCCGAGCAUUUAGUUUUCUGAAUGAGAUAAAAAAGCGGUUCCAGACUACAUAUGGUUCAAGAGCACAGACAGCACUCCCAUAUGCCAUGAAUAGCGAAUUCUCAAGUGUCUUGGCUGCACAGCUGAAGCAUCAUUCUGAGAAUAAGGGCAUAGACAAAGUGGUGGAGACUCAAGCCCAAGUGGAUGAACUGAAAGGAAUCAUGGUCAGAAACAUAGAUCUGGUAGCUCAGCGAGGAGAAAGAUUGGAAUUAUUGAUAGAUAAGACAGAAAAUCUUGUAGAUUCGUCUGUGACCUUCAAAACAACCAGCAGAAAUCUUGCACGAGCCAUGUGUAUGAAGAAUCUCAAGCUCACGAUCAUCAUCAUCAUCGUAUCAAUCGUAUUCAUCUAUAUCAUUGUGUCACCUCUCUGUGGUGGAUUUACAUGGCCAAGCUGUGUGAAGAAAUAAAACAAGGAAAAGUUAUCAUUAACCAAGGAUAUGAGAGAACAAGGAGUUAAAAGCAAUCCAUUUGAUUCAAGCCUUUGAAUACUGACAGAUGGUGUCUGCCAGUCUCUUCAACCCUCUUCUAUUUUUUUUAAUCUUGUUGUAUGCUUCCAGAUUUAUCUUUGUCCAGUUUAUUCCAGUGCACUUCAGAUUGAACCAUUUAUUGCAGCAGUAGCCUUAAAAAGGCUUUUGUUUCUUUAGUUCAUUAACCAGAGCCGUCUACGUAGAGAAACAUUUUUGUUUGUAAUUGCGCAAAGCUCUCACCAAGGUAGAAAGCACCAGUCUAAGUGCUGUCUACUAAGAAUUUGGAUGAACUUUGUAUGGGCACACAACAGUAUUCAAGAGAAAGAUAGCAUUGCUAAUAUCUCAUUUAAUGUCUUUUGCUAUGGAAGAGUGUUAGGUGCUUGAAAACAAUAUAAAUGGAGAAUUGUUGUUACUUGGGGAAUUGUAAUUAAUUUGUUGGUGCUGCUUGUUGCCAGGAGCCCAUGAAGGUGAAGUUGUAAACAUUUUCUUUCAGUCAUAUGGGGAACAUUUUGCUAGCCCAUUAGAAGCACACAGAAUUAAACCUAAUCCUUAGUAUUCACUUGCAAGAAGCAAGUUCUAACCUUUCACAAACCUUGCAGAGCUUGAUGUCCUCUCUUUCCCCAUUGCAGUUGAUUUGAAAAGAGGAUGGCUUAAAAAUUGUUGAAGAUUGUGGUUUUUUAUAUAUUUCUUUCUCUUUGGGGAUUUUUAGGGCAUUUGUAUGUUUAAUAGAAUGGGUAGUGUGGGAGGUGGAGAGGCAAAUUCUUCUGGUUCACCAGAGAAAAAUGAAAGAACCUCAGUGGAUGUGCUAGUGUUUUAGAGAUGUACGAAGAGGAGGUAGUGUGGAUAAUUUUUUCCAGUGUGGGAGAAGCCCAAACUGAAUGUAGUCAAGUUACCUCUAGGUUUUGGGUUUGACUGCUGUUGAAUAAUAGUUUUAGUACCCUUUAUGGAUUAAUAAAUUUUUUAAUCUGACUAGUUUUGAAGAAUUCUUUUGUGAAACUUGAGAAUAGACAGUAUGGUAUAUAGAAAUAAUACCAGACAGUUCAAUAUCCAUUUAACUGCAGUGUGGGAAAACUGGAAUGCAAUCAUACUGCUUUGGCUACACUGGCAUCUGUUGGCUAUUAUGUAGUUUUGGUGUGUAUCUGAAAGGACAUUUGCUGCCGUAAAUCUGAUUGCAUUUAUUUAUCAAUAAAUGCCAGUAAAUGGAAAUUAUAUUACAUUUGACUGUUUUCCAAAUGAAAGAACAAAGUAGUCUAUAAAACCUAGCCAUGUGUGUAAUCCUAGUCAUGUGCCUUGAAUAUAUAUGUGUCACAUACCCUGCCUCAUGCUACCUGUUCUUCUAUCUACACCUCUUGAUUCAUGCUGAUUCAUUUAUUUGACAUAUACUGCAGGCCCACUGGAACUCUUCUUCGUGAUCACACAUAGUACAAAUGUUUCUUGGUCUUCUUUAUCAACACUAAUGCCUUUUAAUUACAUCAGCAUUUCCUAUUGGAAAACAUAUUUCUUCCAGGAAAACGUUUGGCAUUCCUGAAUAAUAGUUUCCAAAUGUCUUUAAUCCAAAGAAAAAGGCUAAAAGCUUAUUUCCCUUUCUUAUACACACCUGAAUAAAAAUGAUAUGCAUGUUUUAGGGAUAAAUUACUUACCUGUUCUUUGGUCUAUUUAUGUAUAAGAAUGCUUUUGAAAGCACAUAUCUUGUUUUAAAUGAUGCACAAGUUGAAGGCAUUAAUAAAACUUAAGACUACUGCAGUGAG